AUGAUUCCUGAAUGCCCUCGGACUAUCGAGGCAAGAAGCCGAACACGAUGCCAUGGCCAAGUCGCUGAAUCGAACCAGAACCGAUGUGGUUUACUCUCCGAGAUCAAAACUACAAUCAAGACCGAGCCUUUUACAGAUCACUACAACCUCAUACCGGGCAAAGAACUUGGCAGGGGUAAGUUUGCUGUGGUGAAGAAAUGUGUGGAGAAGCACACAGGGAGAGAAUAUGCUGCCAAGUUCAUGAGGAAGAGGAGGAAGGGCCAAGACUGCCGAACAGAGAUUAUUCACGAGAUCGCCGUGCUGGAGCUGGCCACCGCUAGCCAACGAGUGGUCAACCUGCAUGAGGUCUAUGAGAUGACCAGCGAGAUGGUGCUGGUUCUUGAAUUCGCGGCUGGAGGGGAGAUUUUUAACCAGUGUGUGGCGGAGCGAGAUGAAGCCUUUAAAGAGGACGAUGUAAAGAGGCUGCUGAGGCAGAUCUUAGAGGGCGUGGCCUUCCUUCACAGGAAUAACGUAGUUCACCUGGACCUUAAGCCUCAGAACAUCCUGCUGACCAGUGAUUCUCCUCUGGGAGACAUAAAGAUUGUGGACUUUGGCUUGUCCAGGCUCGUGAGCAACAACCAGGAAAUCAGGGAGAUCAUGGGGACACCCGAGUAUGUGGCUCCAGAGAUCCUGAAUUAUGAGCCCAUCAGCACAGCAACUGAUAUGUGGAGUAUUGGCGUGCUUGCCUACGUAAUGCUGACAGGUAUUUCUCCGUUCCUGGGAGACGACAAGCAGGAGACCUUCCUGAACAUAUCCCAGGUUAACGUCAGCUAUACUGAAGAGGAGCUCCAGCAGUGUGACCAAAAUGCCAUCCAUUUCAUCAAGUCUCUGCUCAUCAAAGAGCCAGAGGACCGUGCCACUGCAGAGGAGUGCCUGAAACACCAGUGGCUCCAGCUGAGGGAGAGUCAGAUAGAGGAGCAAGGUCUGAAGGAGGAGUGCACUGCCAAGCCUGUACCAGUCAGCCCUGGGAGCUCAAGCCACGAGGCAGAGGAGGAAGAGGAGGGCCAGGUGACUGAGGAGCUCAUCGUCAUGGCGGCCUACACCCUGGGGCAGUGCCGCCAGUCCUCAGACAAAGAGAGUUUGACCCCAGACCAGAAGGCAAUCUCCAAACGCUUCAAAUUCGAAGAACCCUUUUCAGCCCUGCAGGAGGUGCCUGGAGAGUUCAUCUACUGA